AUGCGUACUUUCAUCGCCUUUGCCACACUCUCCCUCAUUGCCACUCUCGCCCUGGCUGCACCUCACAACAAGCCAAAUGCAAACAAGGAGAGCAACUCCUUCUCUGGAGCGGGUGGGAACGCCACAGGCGGAAGCGUAGAGAGCAGUCGCCCGAGCAACGAGCGCUUCCAGGGCACCGGGCUCAUGUCUCUCAUAGGCGGUAGCCUGUUGCAAAUGAAUGCCAAUAACGCGGGAGAUGGCGGUCGAGCUAAUUCUGGCGUGUCGGGUGCCGGUCCUGGGUCUUCGGGGGCUGCCAGUCGAGUUGAGGGAGCCGGCGUUAAAAACGCGUACACCGGAGUAGGUGGGGACUCGACAGGAGGGUCAGUCCACAACGCCCCGCCGGCCCUCUUGCAGGUCGGGUCCGGCAAUGCUGGGAGUGGCGGCGGCUCGCAGAGUGGUGAUAGUAAGAGCGGUUAG